UGGGGAUAAAUACUACCUUCAAAACACUAGAAUUGUGGUAACAUGAAUACGUUCUCUCCAUUUUUAAUGUACAAGGUAUCAAGUUCGAAUUCUAAAAAUAAAAAGAGAAUCUAAUAAGUGUAGUAUUUUUUAUGAAAGCUAGUGUACUAAAUAUAGGGUUUUCCCUGCCAGUCCAGAAGAUAUAGAGAUAUAUACGGAUCAACCCCCACAUUUCCACUUUUGUAAAUUAUUAGACAACAAAAGUAUAAUUUUUUUCCUCUUUUGAUUCACUUUCUGAGAAAAUGAGCAGUGGAGAUCUUCUUAAUAUCGAACCCCUUGACCUCAAAUUUCGCUUCGAGCUGAAGAAGCAGAUCUCUUGUUCAAUUCAUUUGUCAAAUAAUACUGAAAAUCAUGUCGCUUUCAAGGUCAAAACUACGAAUCCCAAAAAGUAUUGUGUUCGACCCAACACAGGAAUUGUGUUGCCUCGAUCAACUUCUGAAGUUACAGUUACAAUGCAAGCUCAGAAGGAGGCCCCUUCUGACAUGCAAUGCAAGGACAAGUUUCUACUUCAGAGUGUAGUUGCAACUCCUGGCAUCGUUCCGAAAGAUAUUACUCAAGAAAUGUUCAAUAAGGAGGAAGGACGUGUUGUUGAUGAGUGCAAGUUGAAAGUGAUUUAUCUUCCCCCACAAUCGCCACCAUCUCCGGUUGCAGAAGGAUCAGAAGAAGGUUCUUCACCAAAGGAAUCCAUGAAAGAUAAUGGCCAUCAGAAUGGCUCUGAGGAUAAAUCAGUUAUUUCUAGAUUGAUGGCUGAAAAAGCUUCUGCCCUUCAGCAGAGCAACAGGCUUCGUCAAGAGCUGGAACUUGUAAAGCGUGAUAUGACUAGAAAUCGCAGCGGUGGCGUUUCCUUCAUCCUUGUCAUCAUGGUUGGCUUGCUGGGAAUAGUUUUGGGGUACGUUCUCAAAAGGUCAUGAUCACUCAUCGGAUAAUCAGUCAUUUUACAUUUGUAUCUCGACUCUCUAGCGAUCAGUGGAAAAAGGAGACUGUGACCUGUUAUUGCAGCAAUUCUCACAUUGUCUUAGUUAGCUGCAGUCUUAAGUAGGAAAAAUUUGUGCAGCUAGAACCCUUCAAUUGGCCUACAUUAUUUUUAUAUAACUCAUAGUUUCUCUUGUUGGAAUUGCUUUGAAUGGGUAAAUCAAUUGUUUGUUCUUGAGGAAA